ACUUCUUAUCGCCGCAGCGGUAUGUUUUCCUCGUGUUUUCAUCGACGACGCGAGCCGUGCGACUUGGUGCCGGCUGCAAAAGCGGCCUUGGCGUUGCACUCUGGCAUGUUAAGCACUUGACGGCAAUCGCAGUUCAGGCGGCUCAAGCGACAGCCCUUUUCACACGACGUAAACAGGGGCGGGCAGGUGAACUUUUUACGGAGCGCACCUUAAGAGUUGUCUCAGUUGCACUCUUCAAGAACGCGUUAUUGCGUUUACAAUGGCUAGUGACAAGCCUGACAAUCUGUCCGCUGUGCUUUACAAGAAGGACGACAUUCGUUUGGAACAGCGACCCAUACCUGAGCCUGGUGAUAACGAUGUCCAAAUACAGAUGCAUUCGGUCGGCAUCUGCGGCUCGGAUGUGCACUACUGGACGCAUGGAGCCAUCGGCAACUUCAUUGUGCGUGAGCCGAUGGUCCUUGGCCACGAAUCCAGUGGCACUGUGGUGAAAGCUGGCAAGAACGUGAAGCACCUAAAGCCCGGUGACCGCGUGGCGAUUGAACCUGGUGUGCCGUGCCGCUACUGCAACUUCUGCAAGGAAGGCCGAUACAACCUGUGUCCCGACGUUGUCUUCUGUGCCACGCCGCCACAUCACGGGACGCUCACUCGCUUCUACACGCAUGCUGGUGACUUCUGCUACAAGUUGCCCGACCACGUGUCUUUUGAAGAAGCCGCACUUUUGGAGCCGCUGUCGGUGGCAGUUCACGCCUGCCGCAGGGCGCGGCUCCAAAUCGGCCAGACGGUGUUGAUAUGUGGUGCAGGUCCCAUUGGGCUCGUAAACCUGCUUACAGCAAAAGCCAUGGGAGCCAGCCGCGUCGUCAUGACUGACAUCAUAAGCAGCAGACUUCAGAUGGCAAAGGAGCUUGGUGCCGACAUUGUCAUCAGCGUUGCCUCAAAGACGGUGCAGGACACUAAGCAGGAAAUUCUUUGCACGCUUGGUGACUUGCCCGAUGUCACCAUCGAAUGCACGGGUGCCGAAUCACCCACGCAGCUUGGCAUGGUGGCCACGAAAUCUGGAGGCACUCUGGUUCUCGUUGGCAUGGGACCCAACGAAGUGAAGGUUCCCUUGGUGGACGCUGCCUGCCGUGAGAUUGACAUCCGCGGAAUCUUCCGUUACGCAAACUGUUACCCCACGGCACUCGCCAUGGUCGCUUCGGGCAAGGUGGACGUCAAGCCUCUGGUAACUCAUCGUUUCAAGCUUGCAUCCACAGUGGAAGCCUUCCAGACGGCCAAGACCGGUGCCGGUGGGGCCAUCAAAGUCAUUAUAGACUGCAGCUCGUAAUGAAGUCCUCGCCUGGAUGCGCGUCCUUCUACGACCCAGGAUCGUAUGUUCGUAUUUGCAGGAAAGCCUUAAUGUUUGUUUUUCUCCAGCAGUUAUGAUUACCAGCCGAGUGCAUUUACGGUAGGUAACCAAGACGUA